AUGGGGCGCUUCAACUCUGCCGUGGGCCUUUUUGGCCUCGCUGCUCUUUACGUGUACCUCGGCGGGGUAUCGGGGACACCAGCUCGACCUUUCGUCGAGGGGACAGCAGCCACGACCGCCACCACUGCUCUAGACAGUCCGAUUGCGAUGAGCAUGGCGCCAUACGUUCCCGACGGCGCCGCCUUGUUCUUUGGAGGCGCAGCAGCCAUUGUAAUUGUCGUAAACCUCACGUGCAGAGAGCCUACUUUCGUCGCUAUUCCGUAUCAGCGUGCAAUCUGUAGCGCUUCCGCCGCUACGCUCUUACUCGCUGGCACUGCCGCGAUCGUUGUGGGACUCGCCAAGGACGGAUGA